CACUAGACGGGGUGCCAGUCAAAUGACUUUUUUCUGAUGUUUACAAACGUGCACAGAAGACAACAUGGUUAUAUCUGUGGACAUUCAACAUAUAUUCAAACACCCGCUGGAAUUCGUUGUCCAAACACAUUUUACUAAGUACCCCUGCAAGCAGGAGAAGUAUGUGGAGAGAGUGGACACUGUGGAACACAAGAUUGAUGCUGCCAAGGGAACAGACUACAGGAAAAGGAUAGCGGUGUGCACGAAUGUGAUACCCAGCAUACUCCGGUCUAUCAAUGUGCUGAAUGAACAAAACAUGUUGUUGAAAGAAGAGGCAUGGCUAGAUAUCCGGAAACCUGAGUUUCGACUGCGGAGCUGCAAUAUCACAUGGUCCAAGUACGCCCACAUGUGGGAGGAGUCGACCUUUAAACCCUGUCAGGAGAAUCCCAAAUGGACAGUCCUGGAACAGCAUGGGGUGAUUGAUGUGAAGGCGUUUGGACCCUUUGGGAGAGCGCUGGAAAUGUUUGCAGAGAGAUUUUUACAUUCAGGAGUGAAAAGGGGCCUGAGGAUUAUGGAUGAUCUACUACAAGAGCGAUCUGGAAACUCGCCAAGAUGAUGCACGGUUACAGUAGUCAGCAGCUGUAACACCCCCCCCCCCCCCCCC